CAUAGAUGGUGGAUGCUAAAAGCUCCUGGCAAUGGCUAUGUCUUGUUGUUUUGGGGCAGCUGUUGUUCAUAAACGGGGUUUACGUCCCAAUUACCUAUGUUCGAAGUGCUGUAGCAAAAGGAGCUGUUUGUUUAGAUGGAAGCCCCCCAGCUUAUCAUUGGGAUAAGGGAUACGGAACUGGUGUAAAUAGUUGGUUGAUUCAGCUUGAGGGAGGAGGAUGGUGCAAUAAUGUCACUAGUUGCCUGGUUCGUAAAAGUACUCAUCUAGGCUCAUCUAAGAGAAUGGUCAAGCAAAUUCCUUUCUCUGGCAUAUUGAACAAUAAACAUCUGUUUAAUCCAGACUUUUACAAUUGGAACAGAGUCAAGGUCAGAUAUUGUGAUGGAUCAUCGUUCACCGGCGACGUUGCGGCCGUCGAUCCACAUACUAAUCUUCAUUUCAGAGGUACGAGGGUCUGGCUUGCUGUCAUGGAAGAUCUAUUGAGCAAAGGAAUGAGAAAUGCAGAAAAUGCUGUUAUGUCGGGAUGUUCGGCCGGCGGAUUGGCGUCGAUUUUGCACUGCGAUAGCUUCCGAACCCUCCUACCUAUGGGUACUAAAGUAAAAUGUAUUUCAGAUGCUGGUUAUUUUAUCAAUACGAAAGAUGUCUCCGGAGGACAUUACAUUCAAACCUUGUUCCACCAGUUAGUCCAAACACACGGAUCAGCAAAGAAUUUGCCACCAUCUUGUACUUCGAGAAUGAAACCUGGUCUAUGUUUUUUCCCACAAUACAUGGCACAGCAAAUACAAACACCACUUUUCUUCAUCAAUGCAGCAUAUGAUUCGUGGCAGAUACGAAACAUUUUGGCACCUGGCAUUGCUGAUCCCCGAGGCCACUGGGAGAGCUGCAAGCUUGAUAUAAAGAACUGCGUGCCCAGCCAAAUCAAAGUAAUGCAAGAUUUCAGGUUGCAGUUCUUAAGUGCAGUGGUUGGGGUUGGCAGGUCCACAUCAAGAGGAAUGUUUAUAGACUCAUGCUUUGCCCAUUGCCAAACGGAGAUGCAAGAGUUAUGGUUUAUGCCUGACUCCCCAUUGUUGAAUAAAACCAAAAUUGGAAAGGCUGUUGGAGACUGGUUUUACGAUCGUAAUCCGUUCCAAAAGAUAGACUGCGCUUAUCCAUGCAACCCAACUUGCCACAACCGCGUUUUUGAUAAUCCACAUGCACAUCAUUUCUAGAUUUUCUCACCAUGCAGUCCAUAUUUUAUACUCAUACAUACAUACAUACACAUAAAGUAGUAGUAGUAGCAAAUAUAUGAUUGGUUAAAUGAAAUUAGCAUUGAUCAAGUCCCCUCUGAAUAAGCAAAAGGCCACCACUGCACUCAACU